CACUCUUUUGCCGACCAAAUGAAACCCCAGUAACCCCCCCAAUCGCGGUCUCUCUCUUUCUCUCUCUCUCCUGCGGUGGCGGAAUCUCAAUGCAAGACCUCUUCGGAUCAGUUCGCCGAUCACUGGUUUUCCGUUCAACUCCGGAGAACCCGGAAAACGACAAUAGCCCACCCUUGCCAUUGCCAACGGCGACGGCCUUGGUGGAGAAGAUCAAUUCUUGCAUUCGGAAAUCGCGAGUCUUUUCCAAGCCCUCUUCACCGUCGCCUCCUAUGGUGCCCCCUAUCCGAUGGCGCAAAGGCGAGUUGAUCGGUUGCGGUGCGUUUGGGAGGGUUUACAUGGGCAUGAAUCUUGAUUCUGGAGAGCUUUUGGCGGUGAAACAGGUCCUGAGUGCAGCUAACAGUGCUUCAACGGAAAAAGCACAGGCUAACAUCAAAGAGCUUGAGGAAGAAGUGAAGCUUCUUCAGAAUCUUUCACAUCCAAACAUUGUUAGAUAUUUGGGUACAGUCAGAGAGGAUGAAACCUUGAAUAUUCUGCUUGAAUUUGUCCCUGGUGGAUCAAUAUCUUCACUUUUAGGAAAAUUUGGACCAUUCCCAGAAUCUGUUAUAAGAACAUACACAAAGCAGUUAUUACUGGGACUAGAGUAUUUACACAACCAUGGAAUUAUUCAUCGAGACAUUAAGGGGGCAAAUAUUCUGGUAGAUAAUAAAGGAUGCAUAAAACUUGCAGAUUUUGGUGCAUCCAAACAGGUUGCUGAGCUGGCUACUAUUUCAGGUGCCAAGUCCAUGAAGGGUACUCCAUACUGGAUGGCUCCUGAAGUUAUCUUGCAGACUGGCCAUACCUUUUCUGCUGAUAUGUGGAGUGUUGGCUGUACGAUAAUUGAGAUGGCCACUGGAAAGCCUCCUUGGAGCCAACAGUACCAAGAGGUGGCUGCUUUGUUCUAUAUAGGAACAACAAAGUCUCAUCCUCCAAUUCCAGAGCAUCUUUCUGCUGAGGCAAAAGAUUUCCUCCUGAAAUGUUUGCAAAAGGAGCCAAAUUUGAGGCCAUCAGCAGCUGAAUUGCUUAAGCAUCCUUUUGUUGCUGGGGAACAUGAGGAAUCCAGACCUGUUGUUUGCAGUAGAGUUGUGGAAUGUUCUGAAAUUCCUUCUCCAUCACAUGCCACAAAUCAGGGAGACCUUCAAGCAUCUAUCUGCCCUGAAUCAACAUCUAUCUGUAAUUUGGGUAGCUUCAAUGAUUCAACUUCAUAUGUGAAGAAAAUAUCAGAGAGUAAAGAUAUGUGGAGAACAAAUAACAGUGAUGAUGAUGAUACAUGUGUGAUUGAUAAGGAUUAUUAUACAGCAAUUGAAGAAAAAAUCAGCUCUCCUAUAAUGUUUGAUAAUAUUAAUAAGAGUUCUCUCCCUGCUUGCAAGCUUUCUAAUGAUUGGAGGAAAUCUGGUGGAAGUCCUGAAUGCAACAAAGAAGGAAUAUCACAUAAGACUGCUAGUUGUAGCAGUGCCUGUGGUGAGGGGGAGAAGGAGUUUCUCUUUCCUUGUGGACAAUCUCUUUCUGAAGAUGAUGAUGUACUUACUGAAUCAAAAAUUAAAGCAUUUCUAGAUGAGAAGGCUUUAGAACUAAAGAAAUUGCAAACGCCUCUUUAUGAAGAGUUCUACAACAGUCUGAAUGCAGCUUGCUCCCCAAGUGUUGUUGAGAAUACACGAGACGAGAGUCCUCUGAAUUACUUGAAGUUACCUCCCAAAAGCAAGUCACCAAGUCGUGUUCACACUGGAAGCCCAUUGGCAAUGGUUGAUGCUGUCAGUACUGGAAGUCCAGGGAGUAAUAACAGGGGUGUUUCUAUUGUUGGCAAUGCUACUGAUCAGAUACCACAGGAAAACUCAUCACCCCAGUGUAGUGAUUGGAAAGGACUUCCAGUUGAUGCCCACCAGGAAUCAAGCCCAAGCUUGGGCUUUUCUGAGAGACAAAGGAAGUGGAAAGAAGAGCUUGAUCAAGAGCUUGAGAGAAAACGAGAGAUGAUGCGGCAGGCAGGUGUGGGUGGAAAAACAUCAUCUCCAAAGGAUCGAGCCCUGAAUCGGCAGAGAGAAAGAACAAGGUUUGCAUCUCCAGGCAAAUGAGUGAAUGCCAGGGUGUUUCUGUUUCAUUAAAGAAGUGAUACUUUUUCCCCCAGGAGUCAUACAAUGGGAUGACAUCAAACACAUUCUAUGCAAUUUCUCAUUGUUCAGCCUAGAGAAAAUGUUGCCUUCUUCUACAGGCUAAGCUGAUGUGUAUUCCGAAGAGAAAGGGUGAUUGAAGAGAUAAUAGAGGCUUGUCUUUUUUUCAUAUUAACCUUUUCCUUUUUUUCCUUUUGGGGGGUUGCAGGGGUUUUGGAAGGGGUUUCUCCUGUUUGUUUCUGGUGCAUAUGAUGUUUACUUCUGUAAUGAAAAUGACUCUAUCCA